AUGCAAACAUACCAAUAUAACGGUGUCAUUGAUUGUAUAAGACACACCUAUAAGACUGAACACCUCCGAGGUUUCUUCCGCGGCGUCGUCGCCCCCAUGGCCAGCGUGACACUCGUCCGAACAAUCUCCUUCUCAAUAUAUGUACGAUCGAAGAAUGAAUAUGGUGCCUGGAUCAAAAAGAACUUUGGCGUCGAUGUGUUAUCUCGCACGAGUGACAAGGCGAGGUUCCCCAACAUGUAUUCUUGUGCAUGUUUCGCCGCCGCUGGCGCGACAGCUGGGUCGUUCAUCACCAUUCUCGCCUGCCCGUUCGAAUUGACCAAGCUAAGCGCCCAAGUAUCGGUGUUGCUGGCGCAAAGCAAGGAAACAACAUUUGCGACCAGCGCCGUGCUGUGGCUGCGAGCUACCAGAACAAGGGCACCUUAA